AAAAAAAUCCAAAUAUUACUCCUUUUACAAUAAUGGCUACAGUAUGGGCAUUUUCUUCUCCAUUUCUCAUUUCGAAUAGUUCUUUAAGUAGGAAAAGUAUCGUUGCCUGUGAAAAGAUAACAAUUAACAAAAGCCAACUUAAGGAUGUUCCUACCAUGGCAACCCCAGUUAGAAGAUCAGGAAAUUAUCCGCCUUCAUUAUGGUCAUAUGAUCGUAUUCAAUCUCUCAAUAGCAACUAUAGAGGAGAGAAGAACAUGCUAAGGCUGCAGACACUGAAAGAAGCAGCGAAGACCAUGAUUUAUAAAGAUAAUGAAAAGGUGGAGAAUCCGCUGAAGACGCUCAACCUGGUUGAUGAUUUGCAGAGACUCGGCAUAUCUUAUCAUUUUGAGAAUGAGAUAAGCAAUGCCUUGGAAAAUAUAUACUACAACUACUAUGAAACUUCAGAAAAGUGGACUACAAUGGAUUUAAAUCUUAAAUCCCUUGGGUUUAGAUUGUUGAGACAACAUGGAUAUCAUGUUACUCAAGAGAUAUUUGAAGAUAUUAAGGAUGAUUCCGGUAACUUCAAGGGACACUUGCACAAUGAUAUCAUGGGUUUGCUAAACUUGUAUGAAGCUUCCUAUCAUUCACUAGAGGAAGAACGUAUAUUAGAUGAUGCUCGUGAUUUCACGACCAAAUAUUUAAAAGAAAGUUUAGAGAACAUCACUGAUCAACAUUUAUCAUCGUUAAUAAGUCAUGCAUUGGAUAUUCCGCUUCAUUGGAUGGUUCCCCGAGUGGAGACAAAGUGGUUUAUUAAAGCGUAUGAAAAAAGAAGCGGAAUGAAUCCGACGUUGCUCGAGCUUGCAAAAUUGGAUUUUAAUAUGGUGCAAGCAAUUCACCAAGAAGAUUUAAAAUACACAUCAAGAUGGUGGAAUGAAACAACAUGGGAUGUGAAAUUGAGCUAUACUCGAGACCGGUUGGUGGAGAGUUACAUGUGGGCUGUUGGUACUAAUCACCUACCUCCAUUUAGUCCUCUAAGGAGAAUAGUAACAAAGGUUGUUGCUAUGGUUACAACUAUUGAUGAUGUCUAUGAUGUUUAUGGUACUUUGGACGAACUUGAACAAUUUACUCAAGCUGUUGCAAGAUGGGAUAUCAACUCUAUCGAAGAACUCCCCGAGUAUAUGAAGAUAUGUUUCAUUGGGUUGUACAACUCGACAAAUGAGAUCGCAUAUUAUACACUGACACACACAGGAUUCUUCAACCUAUCGUAUUUAAAGAAAGCAUGGGAAAAUCAAUGCAAGGUAUACCUAAAAGAAGCGCAAUGGUACCAUAGUGGACAUAAGCCAACACUUGAAGAGUACUUGGAGAAUGCUUUUGUGUCGAUAACAAUGCCUUUACUUCUCACGCAUAUUAGUUUUUUAACAUCAGUUAGUUCAACCGAAGAAAUCCUGCAUUCCAUGGAAAGAUUUGAGAAUAUUAUUCGCUACUUAGGGAUAACCCUACGACUUGUAGAUGACCUAGGGACAGGCACAGACGAAAUGGCAAGAGGUGAUAAUCCAAAAGCGGUUCAGUGUUACAUGAAUGACAGUGGUGCAACUGAAGACGAAGCUAUAAUGUAUGUGAAUACGUUAGUCCUCAAUACAUGGAAGAAACUUAACAAAGAACGAUCAGGUGUAAUGAAUUCUCAAAUUGAAAAGGAGUUAACCGAUUGUGGAGCCAACUUAAUUCGAAUGGCGCAUUUCAUGUACCAUGAAGCAGAUGGGCAUGGUACUUGCCCAGAAGUGGUUAAAUCUCAUAUAUUGUCAUUGUUGGUCAAUCCAAUAUAAGGGAUGAAAUAGUCGACCAUGUGUAUGUGUCAUUAUUGGAGGCAGACCGUAGUGCCAAAAUAAUCCAAAUCAUCUUACCCUAUGUUGAACUUGGAAAGUAGAAAUAAACGCAAAGCGCUUGACUCUUUUUCGAA